CUAGGUGUGGGCGUGACACAAAUCGCUCUAGCUCGCUAAAUGCUAGAGGAAGCUCGGGACACCAAAUUUGUAGAAAACGACAUUUAAUCUAUUGAGAAAAAAAAAGAGAAAAGGGACACGCUUCUGCAGGAGGUGUCCCCAAUGGCGAACAACACAGCCAUGGAUGCAAUGGUGCCUCCUCACCCUUUCCCAGCAUCACGGCCUGCAGCUCAAAAAGGGCUUCCCGUCCAGGAGCCAGCAGUUCAAAAUGGGAUUCCCAUCCAGGAGCUAAUGCUAACUGAAAUAGCUGAGACAGUGGUGACCUCAUACCCCAAUCCUGGCCCAUCUGCCACUGAGCCUCAGCCUCCACAACCACAUAUUGCUAAUGGCCUUGCCUCUGGUUCUGAGCUGCCCCAGGAUCCUCUGCCGCCGCCGCCACCACCACCACCACCACCACCACCACCACCACCACCGUCCUGCACUAAGAACCCCAACUGCAAGAUCAUGACCUUCCGUCCAACCAUGGAAGAAUUUAAAGACUUUGCCAAAUAUAUUGUUUACAUGGAGAGUGAAGGAGCUCAUCGUGCUGGUCUGGCCAAGGUGAUUCCGCCGGAAGGUUGGAAACCACGGAAAUCCUACGAGGCCAUUGAGGAUAUGGUGAUCCCAGCACCUAUCAUGCAAGUGGUGACUGGUCAGUCUGGUCUGUUUACCCAGUACAACAUCCAGAAGAAAUCCAUGACAGUGGGCGAGUACCGCAAGCUGGCCAACAGUAAAAAGUACUGCACACCACGUCAUAAAGACUUUGAUGACCUAGAGAGAAAGUACUGGAAGAACCUAACUUUUGUCUCUCCCAUCUAUGGGGCGGAUGUUAGUGGAUCCAUCUAUGAUGAGGACAUCAAUGAGUGGAACAUUGGCCACCUGAACACGCUGCUCGACAUGGUGGAGCAGGAGUGUGGUAUUGUCAUAGAUGGCGUGAACACUCCCUAUCUGUACUUUGGCAUGUGGAAGACCACCUUUGCCUGGCACACUGAGGACAUGGAUCUCUACAGCAUCAACUACCUGCAUUUUGGCCAGUCCAAGUCUUGGUAUUGUAUCCCACCAGAGCAUGGCAAAAGACUGGAGAGACUUGCACAAGGUUUCUUCCCUGGGAGUUCCCAAGGGUGUGAUGCUUUCCUUCGCCACAAGAUGACUUUGAUCUCUCCAUCAAUCCUGAAGAAAUAUAGUAUUCCCUUUGACAGGGUAACUCAGAAUGAAGGGGAAUUCAUGAUAACCUUUCCUUAUGGCUACCACGCUGGCUUCAACCAUGGCUUCAACUGUGCUGAAUCCACAAACUUUGCCACUUUGCGUUGGGUUGACUACGGCAAAACAGCUUCUCAGUGCACCUGCCGUAAAGAUAUGGUCAAGAUCUCCAUGGAUGUUUUUGUGCGCUGCCUCCAACCGGAUCGCUAUGAUCUUUGGAAACAAGGAAAAGACAUCAUAACGUUGGACCACAGUCGGAUCACAGAGCUGAGCAGCCCAGAAUUGGAGCGCUGGAGACAGCAUCGUGUCGCAUACAGAGCCAACAUUCUGCGGAGGGCCAUGCAUAAAAUGAAACAGUUCCGCCGUCUCAAGAUUGAGGAGGUGAAGGUGCUGGCAGAAGAGGGCAUUGAGUUAAAUGCUGCUGACUACCAGCGUCAAGUCGAAGAGCGGGAAGCCCAGCGGAAGCAGGAGAGAGAAAACCGUCUUGCCAGAGAGGCCAUGAUCACCCUUGAGGCCAUGGAGCGUAGGGACCAGGAGGCUGCUGAAGCUGCCUCACGAGCAACUGAAACCUCAGCUCAAGAGAAGGCCCAACAGCAGAGCAUGACGGAGGAUGGUCUUGUAAUAUCAAAAACGGCCGCCAUCACUGGAUUUCAAGAAGCAUUCGAACAGUUUGCUACGUCACGGUCUGUCUUGUCAGAUGACACGGAAGAAAUCAGUUGCGAGAAGAAAACUGUUUCUCAGGCAACCUACCCCAACAUGAAGGUGACCACGGAGGUUAAGAAGAGCCGACGCCACCCUCUUACCAAACCACCCAUCCGGUCUCCUUUGUCCGUUGUCAAGCAAGAUCCGAGUGGUUCCAAAGCAGAGCUUUCCUCACCCGAGACACUGAAAAGCAGCAUGGAGAAACAAGAGCACCUCUGGCAGAAUCGCUCCCGCAACUUCUUGGCUGAGAAGGCCUUCAAUUCUGCUGUGUCAAUACUUCAGCCAUACUGCGCUGUAUGCUCCCUCUUCUGUCCUUAUAAAAAGCCGCACAAUGAGCCCACCAAUGCAAAUGACAGCCAACGCACCCUUAUUCCAUGCCAUGGAGAUCGUACUCGUCCAAUCGUCCCUGAGAUGUGCUUUAGUGUUGGGACAGGCAGCACUGAGCCUCUCCCAACUAGCAACUACAUUGGGGAGGAUGGAACCAGCGUCUUGAUAUGUUGCUCCUCAUGCAACAUGCAGGUUCAUGCCAGUUGUUAUGGCGUCAACCCAGACACAGUCCAAAACAAGUGGACAUGCUCUCGAUGUGUCGUAGGCGCCUGGGCAGUGGAGUGUUGUCUUUGCAACCUGCGGGGAGGAGCUUUGAAGGUUACCAAAGACAACAGAUGGGUCCACAUCAUCUGUACUAUUGCUGUGGCCGAAGCUCGUUUCCUCAAUCCCAGUGAGAGGGAGCCUGUGGACGUCAGUGCUGUUCCAGAAACACGGAAAAAUCUGAUUUGCGUGUUCUGCUAUAGCUCGAGUGGAAAUAAGAACCGUGGUGCGUGCAUCCAGUGUUCAGAAGAGAACUGCGCAACAUCUUUUCACGUGACCUGCGCCCAAAUUGCUGGAGUUGUCAUGACACCGGCCGACUGGCCCUACGUCGUGUCUGUCACCUGUCACAGGCAUAGAGAAGCAACUCCAAAGCCACGGACACCAGCCAAAAUCACACCAGCCAAAAUCCCCAAGAGCCUGACACUGGGUCAAAGGGUAAUUGGCCGCAACAGCGAUAGCUGGUAUUACCAUUGUACCAUCAUCGGCAUGGCAACGCAAACCCUCUACGAGGUCAACUUUGACGACGGCUCGUACUGUGACAACAUAUACCCAGAAAACAUAACAAGUCAUGACUGCCUGCAUAGAGGUCCUCCUGACGUGGGGGAGUUGAUCGUGGUCAGUACGACCGACGGGCAAGAUCUCAAUGCUUCCUUUGUCAAACAACACACCCACAAGUUUUAUCAGGUUGAGUUUCAGGACAAAAGUCAGUUGUUGCUAAAACAAUCAGAGAUUCAUCUGCUGGACCAGGAACUGCCCAAGAGGGUCCGGACUCGUCUUGCCAUUCCUACAUCCCAAGAGGAGACUUCCUUAGCUGAUGGAGCGGAUGGAGCCGGAGCAGCCAAGCGUCGCUGCCUUCACUCCACCCCGAUUCCCUGCACCAGCGCUUUGCCGUCUACGUCCACCCAACACGCCAACACCCCUAUGGCGGCAACAUCUUCACCCCACCCGACCACCCCUGUAGCAACACCAGCGUCAAUGCAUUAUAGCAGCACAAGUAAAGUGCCAGUCUCACAGUUUCUGUGCUCCACGAGUGCAAGAGCAUCAACGAUACCAGCGCCCCCCAGUGCUUCUCCCAUGCUUCCCGAGGCUCCUAUGGCCACAGGCGGCGCGUUGUCCCAUGUUUUGACAGAGUUGAACUUGGCCUCUGACCCAACACUUAUGCCCGAGACCAACCCUUUCCAGUGCCAGUUGAACUCUGAUCCCCUUUUGUCGGCACAAUCCUCUGUACUGCCCCCGCCCCCGCCCGUGCAGAACACGUCAGACAGCUACACACCGAGCAGCGGCUACGUCUCCUACAUGGAGACCCUCCUGCAUUCACAUUUCCCCCAGGACGAGGCGCCAGGAACUCUGUUUUAGACAACAGCGCCACUCUAUUAUCAAUGGGAUGGAUGCUAAUAGAGGGAAAGUGUGGCAAGUGCUGCAAACACUGGACGUGUGUUGCAACAGCGCUCAGACAUGAAACCACUCUUUUAAUGCACGUAACUUUUUGACAAAUUUAUUGCAGUGACGCUUUUGUAGCAGCAAGAUGGGGUGGGGGGGGGUUCUUCCUCCCCCCAUUUUGUUCUGCUAAAAUUGUUAAUGUUGUUGUUGGUGGUGGAAGACAGUUUUUCCAGAAGUUAUUUUUAGUAUUAUUGUUUUGAACUGUCUCUGUUGCUUGUGUUGCCUCUGGGUGGUAUCAACUCAGUACCUCUUUACAAUGUCUAAUUAAUGGUUGGCUCACAUUAUUGGUGUCAGAAAGUUAAUACAUGAUCUGACACCUUUUGUAAGUUUGAUAAAAUGCAAAUAAAUGAAAGAAACAAAAGUUUUUAUUUUUUUGUUUUCGAAAAGUACAUAUAAUGCCGUUUUGUUUUGUUUUCGAAUAAUGUCAUUUUGAUCUUACCAGUGCCACAUUUUCUGGAGUUCGGCCAGUAGAUUUUCGUUUCAAUGCUGAUCCACUGGCUCUGAAGUUAAUAACCCAUUACAAGAUCACGUUUUGAGCAGGUACGGGAUCAUGUCUACCAAGUCUGAAGCGCCAAGCUCGUUGGGUUGCAGUUACAGAUUCGUUCUUAACGUUUCCACAAUGAAAGCGCAAUGCUCACCGGUCCAAUUCAUGUUAGCAACUGAAACAAAUAACAUUUUUCGAAAACGAAAUAAAACAAAACAAAAUGGCAUUAUAUGUACUUUUCAAAAAUAAAAAACUUUUUUGUUUCUUUAAUUUAUUUGCAUUAUAUUAAACCUACAAAUGUGUCCGAUCAUUUUGCCGGACCCUGUAGUUAUUAAUUAGGCGGCGUCCUGUACAAAAUCGUUUCGUUUCUAAAUGUACAAGUAACCAGCAACAUAAAGAUCUAUUUUUCAGUCGAGCCAAGUGUGGCUUUAAAACUAAAGUCGCACAUAUACAAUGUUCUUUACCAGAACAUUUUCACUAGUGUUUUCCAGCAAGAGGUUAAUUAAUGGGACAAUGGGUAUAAAAUGUAUUAUUGGUAAAGUCAGUAUUUAAAUGUCUUGAUAUUGAAUGAAGUCUAAUAGGAUACGUAUUCAGAUAAUCAGGCAAUUCAAGAGUUUGCAUUGUGAAGAUGUAAAGGUAGUUAAUAAAAAAGAUCUCAUAUGUAUUACUAUUUAAUAGUCAUUUGGUGACUCCCUUGCAAUACUUGUCUCAGGGUUCCUACAUUCACAAAAUAAAGUUGAGGGCUUUGUACUGCUAAAUAAAAGAGAAUUAGGUGAGGAUCCUCUGGUGAUAGCCCAUUAAAAUCAUCAAUUUCCUUUUUGUAAAUUUGUUGUAUAAACAAAGGAACCCGAAGGUAUGAUGCAAUGUAUAACUUCUAUGUCGUAUUAUUAUACUAUGUAUCUUUUCUAAUCUUCAUUUUAUGGAUUGAUGUUGCAAAAAUGGAUGUUUUAAAUUUUUUACAGGCUUUACUGGGCAGAUCACUUUGAAGCCACACCUAUGUGUUUGUUUUCUACGGCUGUUUGUGUUGCAGAGAUCUUAAACUACUGAUGGACUAUUUUCCACUUUCACCUUGUACAUAGCAUCGGUCUUGUGUAUUGUGAUUGAAAUCUGUAAAUGUCAAACAUGAACACGCAUUCUCUUAACUGAGAACAUGUUUGGUUUUGUGUCCCAUUGAAAUGAAACCAUGAAAAAAAGUUAUUUCUUAGGGAUUAAAGUGGCUUGCUCAUCACCAGAUCAUCUGUCUGUAAGAUCUCUUGAUGUCAAAGUUGUUUAUAUCCUUGGACCAAGAACUCUUAGUGAAGAGGAGAUGAAUAAUUCAUAAUUCAAAUACAUACAAGAAAUUUCGUUGAACUUGGAAACUGAACAUUUUCAUGGACAAUCCUUAAGAUGCAUAUACAAUAGUAUUCAAAAUAAUAGUAGUCUCAUGUUGAUAAAAAGAUUAAUUCAAGUUUUGGGUAUGUUUAUUUUUGUUGGAUGGGAAACAAGUACCACACAUGCUAUUUUUAGGCUGCUGGGCCGCAUGACAUCACAGUCUGAAAAGGUAAAGGGUCAACAUAGAAGCGUGUGGGAGUUGCUUAUGGUGUCUGGGUGCACUUGCCCAUCUUGUGUGCCGACACCGUGAGUUCGAUUCCCAUGACGGUAUGAAUGUGUGUGAACCCCCUCCAAAAUAAAAACUGAAUCGUUCUGCC